CAGCUAGAGCCUUUGUUAAAUGCAUUAAAACUCAUACUGGCUAUUCUGGAUGUGACAAGUGUGUUCAGUCAGGUGUUUACAGUAACCAUCGCAUGACGUUCCCUGAGAUUUGUGCAUUUCCAAGGACUGAUGAGUCUUUUAAGCUAGCUCUAGAUGAAGAUCAUCACACAGGACAUUCACCUCUGACUAAUACUAAUAUAGGGAUGGUUAGUUGCUUUCCUCAUGAUUAUAUGCAUUUGGUGUGUCUUGGUGUGGUUCGAAGACUUUUAGAUUUGUGGAUGACCAGUACUGGACCUUUACCAUGUCGUCUUUCUGGACAUCAUGUUAAGACUAUCUCUGAAAGAUUAACUAAUUUAAGAGUUUUUGUCCCAGUUGAAUUUGCUAGAAAACCAAGGAGUCUGGAGGAAAGACUAAGAUGGAAAGCAACAGAAUUUAGACAGUUUCUUCUGUAUACUGGGCCAGUUGUUCUUAAACGUUUUCUGUCCGAACAAGUGUAUAAUAAUUUCAUGCUUUUGUCUGCUGCAAUCUGCAUUUUAGCAAAUCCAACAUUUUGUUUAACAAUGAAUGAAUUUGCCAAAACUUUGCUUGUUUCAUUUGUUGAACAUUUCAGUAAGUUGUAUGGCUCUGAUUUUGUCGUGUACAAUAUACAUGGAUUGAUUCACCUUAGUGAUGAUGUGGGACUUCAUGGUCAUUUAGACCUAAUAUCAGGCUUUCCUUUUGAAAAUUAUUUGCAGAAAUUGAAAAAAAUGAUCAGGAAACCACACAGCCCCUUAACUCAAGUAAUUCGAAGGCUGUCUGAAAUGGAGGCUGUGCACUCAAACAGCAGUACUGAAGUUAAGGAAUUGAAAUCACAGAUGAAAUUCAUGCACACAGAUGGGCCAGUUCCACGGUUGUUUGACGAAACUUCUGUGCAGUUCAGAGAGUUGAUUCGGGAUGGUGUGGUUCUUAAAACUUCAGAAGGUGAUAAUUGUAUUGAGGUUAAUAAUGUUGUUGUUCUGGUACAAAACAUUAUUUGCUUUAAAGGGAGUGAGUUUGUUGUUUAUAAAGAGUACACCAAGAAAGAAAGUUUAUUUGACUACCCAAUAGAUUCACAUGAAUUAGGGAUUUUUGUUGUUUCAGACCUGUCAUUGGAGCUGAAAUGUGCAAGGCUUACACAAAAUAUACACAAGUAUGUGAGAUUGCCUCUUGAGGGACAGGGCAGGUUUGCGGUUUUCCCCCUUCUACAUUUAAAAUGAGUUUUUUGUUUUUUGUUUUUGUUUCUCUCUUCCAGAAUUUGUUUUACAAGGGGACACAAGAUUGUUGUUAGUUCUUCACUCUACACAAAAAACAUGUACCACAUUGUGAGCUUUCUUGAUACCCAAGAAGUGGAGGUUGUGCCAGCAGUCUGGGUAAAAAAUGGGAUUUGUUUAUGGCCUCCAUAUAAGGGUGAAGGAAUUCAGAGGGCAACCAAGUGUUUGGAGCAACCUAGGGAGUCUUGGUCUGCUUAUAAAAUAAAAAUUAUGUAUACUGCAGAAAGCUAUGGUGAAGCACGCCGGAAGCUGCCGCUUGCUGAGCUACAGACUGAUCUCCAGUCUGAGGCAGAGCUUGAGUCCCAGAGGCCACCAAAACGCAAAACAAAACGAAACCGGCGCCUUUUGGAAGAUUAUGACACUGAUGACGAGGCUAUUGCACCCCAAAAAGACAAUUUGCCACAUGCCCCGCAAAUACAACCACCACCUAAAAGGAUUUGUUCAUCUACUGAGGUACAACCAAGUCCUCAAAGACAACCUCAACCCUCCAUAUGUCCUCAGAAGUCCUCGUGUCUGACACGGAUCCCAGAAACUCCAGGCCCAUCCUUGUUGGACAUAAGCCCUUCAAUUGAAAUGCAAGAGAGAAAUCUUGGGUCUUCAUUACGCCAAGCAAUAGAUAUGCCUGAACCGAUGCCUACCCUGCCUUUUCACAAUACACCGUCUUCUGCCAGAUCAUCACAGCAUAUCACAGGACAUCAAAAUGAAACCACUUUACAGUCUCCUGAUCACGCAGUGGAAUCACUGUGGCAUUAUGACUCUUUGACUCCCAGAGUCCAGACAAAGCGCCUCCCAAGCAACGAUCCAUUCCAGAGAUCAAUUCUUCAUGACAUUUUGACAAAACUUGAAAUAGUUAUGGAGCAGCAAAGACGUCUUGUAAGAAUGGUUCAAGAUCUCAAACAAAACAAUGUUGGUGAGAUCACGGAGGAUAACCACUUAACUCCAAAAUAUUUUCCAGUUGAAGAUUUAAGAUCAUUAACUUCCCUGGAAAGUGAUCUUCAAUUCGCACCGGAAACGAGACGAAAAGUGGUACUCGAACUUGGAUUGCUGGGUGGGGUGGACUUGAAGGAUACGGUUUGGAGAAUAAUGAAGCAGGCGAUUAAAAAUGACUUUGCUAAAACCAUUAACUGGAGAGGUUUAAAUGGAAAAACGCCAUUCCAAAAUUUGGAGCUUAAAAGUGUUGUCAUUGAGGCUGUAAGAAGAAAUCCAGUUUGUGCCCAAAUUACUGAGCAGGAGGUUGAACAAGUUAUUAGACGGUGGUUUUACUUUGCUGGUGAUCUGGAAGAGAGGAGAGGGCAGCGUUCGGCUUGGCGUGACAGUGUAAAACUCCCCCCGAAGUACAAGAGGCCUCUGGGAAGGCUCGUGCCACGACAUUCUACUACACAAAGCUAUAAGCCUGCAGAAGGAGAGAGUCCGAGUCCAGCACCUGUGAAAUACUUACCUUGCACGCCGCUACGAGUUACCUGGGUGAGAGCCAAAGUCCCAGUUACCUGUAAAAGUAAUCCUCUGUGUUACAGCUACAAGCCUGCAGAAGGAGAGAGUCCGAGUCCAGCACCUGUGAAAUACUUACCUCGCCCACUGCUACGGGUUACCUGGUUACAAGUCUGCGGAAGGAGAGAGUGCGAGUCCAGUCGCCUGGGAGAACCUACCUUGUUCACCAUUACGAUAGAGCUGAGGAACGGACUGCUCUAA